AAAAAUAUAUAUUCUGUUCUUGUUCUUCUUCCUGUUCCUUUCUCAUUCUACUCCAUUCCAUAUUUUCUGUUCUGUUCCUUUCCCUUCUAUUCUAUUCGACUCCAAUCUAUUAAGAAUACCAAAAUGGGGGUUGGAGUUGCUCCCUACGCGGAUUUGGAAUCCCUUUAGGCUUCUCCCUCUUAAAAGUUGGUUGGGAUCUUCUCCAAUCCUUGCAAAGAUCUACAAAAGGCGGAGCCCAAUCCGCCCGGGCGGGCUUUGCAAAACUUGAGACCGGGGGUGAAGCACGUGCAAGGGGGGGACUCGCUCCCUUUUAAAGGCAGAAAGAAGCGCGCCCUCGCCUUCCCAGAGGCCGAAGUUGCCCCGAAGAAGUCGGAGCGGAGAGCGGGGGACCGAUUUGCAGAUCCAGACCGCGAGGAAGCGCGAUCCCGUUUACCCAGGAAGCCAAGGGAAUCCGGAGCGGAGUCGGCCUGGCAGGAGAGGAACGGAUUAUUCGCUGCGGAUGCUGUGACCUUGCUAAACCUGCUCAAAACAUCUGGACUCACAGCAUCCUACUGAGCCGCCAGAGUGGAUACCUAGAGCUCUCACAACUGCUCGCCUAAAGCAGCACCUGGGACUUUGAGCUUUCUGUGCAGUCUCAUACUCCAUAUAUACACAACAUCUGCCGUGAAGAAGACCUGCGUGCCAAUAAUUAACCCCCCCCCUCCCCAAAAUGGCCAAACGGAAAGUGGACAUUGAAAACAGGUGCUUUCAAAAGAGGUGGGAGGCAGAGUACCUGUUUGUUAAUAUUGAAGAUCAGGCCGUCUGCCUUGUUUGCAGAGAUACUGUGGCUGUAUUUAAAGAAUAUAACAUGAGACGACACUAUGAGGCCAAACAUCCGGACAAGUACAAAAACCUGGACAUACAGCAGAAGCUAAAGAAAGUGGAAGAGCUGAAAAAGAGUCUGAUGUCGUUCAUAAAAGCAAAAUCACAACGUGAAGCUGCUGUGAAAGCUAGUUUUAUAGUGGCGGAAGAGAUAGCUAAAUCAGCCUGGCCGUUUACAGAGGGGGAGUUUUUGAAGCGCUGCAUGAUUAAAGCGUGCGAAGUCUUGUGUCCGGACCAAAAGGAAGCAUUUUUGAACUUAAGCCUAAGCAGAAAUACUGUUGCUGAUCGGAUCGGUGAGCUUGCCGCUGUUUUACAAGGACAGCUGGUUGAAAAGGGAAAGGGUUUCAUUGCGUAUUCCCUGGCUGUGGAUGUGAGCGCUGACAUCUCUGACACGGCACAGCUGACAAUCUUCAUCCGUGGAGUGGACUCAGGUUUAUGCAUUACAGAGGAAUUUUUGGACAUGAAAUCAAUGCACGGCACGACCACAGGAAAAGACAUAUUUGAAGCGGUAUCUAAAUGUGUAAAUGACAUGAAACUACCCUGGGACAAACUCACGGGACUGACAACAAAUGGAACACCUUCGAUGCGCGGGGGAAAGAGUGGAUUAGUGAGAAGGAUGCGAGAGAAGAUGAAGAGCGAGAAUUGCACACAUGAACUGACAGCAUAUCACUUCAUCAUACACCAGGAAACACUGUGCGGGAAAACUCUGAAGAUGGGACAUGUAAUGAGCAUUGUAACACAGACAAUUAACUUUAUAAGAGCCAAUGGUUUACAUCACAGUCAAUUUAAGUCUUUAUUUGAGGAAAUACAUUCUGAACUUGGUGAUCUGCCCUACCACACAGAGGUGCGAUGGUUGAGUCAAGAAAAAGUGCUCGUUAGGUUUUUUGAGUUGCGUACGGAAAUUUGUCAGUUCGUUGAAAGUAAAGGAAAAGACUCCACAGUACUGCGGGAUGAAAAGUGGCUGUGCGAAUUGGCUUUCCUGUGCGAUAUAACAAAGCAUCUCACUACGCUAAAACUUCAGCUUCAGGGACGGGACCGUAUGAUCACGGACAUGUAUGAUGCAGUGAAAGGCUUCCAAGUAAAGCUGCGACUGUGGGAGACUCAAAUGCAGCAAGGAAACCUGAGUCACUUUCCCUGUUGCCAAACAAUCAUCAGCCAAGUCUCCUCCACCUUUGUGUUCUCACACGCUCAGUUUGCUGAUAAACUGAGCGCACUUCAGAUGGAGUUUAUGCGCCGCUUUGUCGAGUUUGAAGCGCAGACGUUCAAUUUUGGACUGCUCGGUCAUCCCUUUUCAGUUGACGUGAAGAAAGCACCUGCAGACAUCCAGGCGGAGCUGAUAGAACUCCAGUGUAGCAGCACACUUAAGGCAAAGUAUGAUUCUGUAGGGUCUGCACUUUUCACCAGGUUCAUCCCUGAAACGAUGCCCCAGCUCCGCCUACAAGCUGCUCGAAUGCUCUGUAUGUUUGGUAACACGUACCUGUGUGAGAAAGUUUUCUCUGUGAGGAGGGUGAACAAAAGCGCACACAGAAGUGUUCUCACUGAUGCACGCCUCCACUCUAUCCUGAGAGUUUCCACAGCUCAAAACCUAACCCUAAACAUGGAUGAACUUGUAGCCAAGAAAAGAUGCCAAGCAUCCAGGUCGGACAAAAAGGGUCAGCCAAUGAAGAUGGCCAGGGUACCCCUUCACCGUGGAGAAGCUCUAUCUGGUCUCUCUGCCGCAACAUCUCUGGGCUCUGUAUCCUUUGAGGACGUGGCUGUGUAUUUCACGGAAGAGGAGUGGGCUCUGCUGGAUUCUAGCCAGAGAGCCUUACACAGAGAAGUCAUGCUGGAGACUUCUAGGAAUCUGGCUGCUGUGGGUUACAGGCAGGAGCAUAAGAACCACCAGGAACCCAGCUUAGCGCUAUUCCAGUCUGAAGAAAGGAUGCUUGGAAUUCAGAGGGUACUUCAAAGGACUAUGACAAGCUGCCUAAAGAAUGAAAGGAAGAAAUCUUUUCCUGAUCACAAUGAAGUCCUCAGCCUCCCAGCUCAGCAACUUCAGCAACCAGUAGGAAGUGAAAAAUAUUUUGGUGGUGACAAGACAGAGAGAGCAAAAUUUGUUUUCACUGAAUAUUGUAUAAAGCAGACUGAAGAGGAACAAUGUGAGCGUCAAGAGUAUGGGCAAAAUAUCAAUCUUAGUACCUCUCUUGCUUUACAUCAGCCAACCUACAUUCCAGAGACACCAUAUGCACCUAUAAAUUGUGUAGAAAAAUUCACUUUAAACAGUCAUCAUAGGUCACAUAAAGAGAAGAACCCAUAUGCGUCUGGAACGGGUUUCGGCAAGAAACACUUGUUUAUUUUACCCCCAGAAAAUCCCCCAAUGGAAAAACUAUAUAAAUGUCUGAAGUGCGAAAAGACCUUCCCUCACAGAUGUAGGCUUACUGCCCAUGAACUGAUGCACUCAGGGGAGAAGCCAUAUAUAUGCCAGGUAUGUGGAAAAAGUUUCUGGCAGAUGGGUCAUCUCACAAGACAUCUACGAAUCCACACGGGGGAGAAACCAUAUAUGUGUCUUCACUGCGGAAGGAAGUUCAAUGAAAGUUCAGGCCUUAACAAACAUGUAAGGAGCCACACGGGGGAGAGACCAUAUAAAUGUACAGAGUGUGAUAAGAGCUUCAUUCGGAAAACUGCCUUAGUGUAUCAUAAAAGGAUCCACACGGGAGAAAAACCAUACACGUGCCUGGAGUGUGGGAAGAGCUUCGGGCGGAACAGUAGUCUUAUGCAACAUAAAAGAACUCACACUGGGGAGAGACCGUAUCAGUGUUUGGAGUGUGGAAAGACUUUCAAAUACAGCAGUCAUUUUAUUUGCCAUAAAAGGACUCACACAAGGGAGAAACUGUUCAAAUGCUCAGUGUGGCAAGAGCUUUAGUCAGGAAAGUCACCUUUCACUACAUAAAACAAUCCACACAAGAGUCUUCUAAACACACCAGAAAUAUGUUGACUUUGCAAUAACAUUCAGUUCGAAAGGUCGUCUCAUCAGAUCAAAAUGAAUCCACAUUGGAGAUCCAUAAAAAUGCCUGAAGUGUGGAAAUGGGUUAAAAUGUGGCAUUGUCCUUAUUUCCCACAGGAAAGCCUAUGACUAUGGACAAACUUUCGAUGGCCGUACUGGUCAUUCCUCCCACCCCCCCGAAAAUAUAUAUGUGAGUUUGGAUAAACUUCAUGGAUGCUAAACUUGCAGACUAGGAAGAAGUGAUGCAUACAGGAGAAGAGGGUACAUCAAGAAAUGGAGCAAAGCAACUAUUUUAAGAGGACGUGUCUUCUUAAAUACCAUAAAAGUUCCACUCAGGAGAAAAACUGCAUAAAAGAGUGGAACGUGGAGAGGACUGGUGUUAUUUUGCCUAGGUUUCCAACGAAUUAUGAACCCCUCUCCACAUUUUGUUAGACCAAUCUUGAAUAUUUUUCUUGCUAUAAUCUGGGACUGUUCUAUGAGAGGCUGAUGAGGAUUAUAUGGUAGGUCAGGGUUCAAGUCCCAUGAAAACAGACUGAGGCCAAUGGGAAUGUUUAGCCUUGUAAAAAAAAAAAAACAGACAAGAAGGAUCUAAUAUCUGUGUCGAAGCAUUUGAUGCGAUGCCCCAUAGAUGAAAGGUUUGUCCUGCAGUGCAGAAUAAAUAUAGUAGAAUCAGGUUUAAUGUUACAAAAAUAUUAUGAUAGUGAUGAAACUCUCAAAACACUCAAUAACUGCCUCGGCUGAUACCCCUCCCUUAAUAAAUACAGGAAAACACUUCCUCCUCUUCACAAAUCCCCAUUUUAUACAACUUUUUACAAAUUUACUAUGAUGAUUGUCUUUUAAUUUCACAGUAAAAUAUUUGAGCUUUUCUUUUCUAAGGACUGUGGGUAGUACUUGCUUUGCAACUCUUUGAAUUUACGAUGGACCACCCCCAAAAGAGAAAUAUGAACCAGUUUUGGGCUUGGAAUGGUGGCAUUCACCAAUCAGAAUAGAGCUGGAAGAGAUCUUGGAGAUCUAGUCCAACCUCCUGCUCAAACAGGAGACCCUAUACCAUUUUAGACAAGUGGCUGUCCAGUCUUUUGAAAGCCUCCAGUGAUGAAGCCCCCUCAACUUCUGAGGACAAGCCAUUCCACUGAGUAAUUGUUCUCACUGUUAGGAAGUUUCUUCUUAAUUCCAGCCUGCUUAUGUCCUUGAUUAGUUUCCAUCCAUUAUUUCUUGUCUUGCCUUCUGGUGCUUUGGAAAAGAUCACAUGACUGCAUUUCAGGCCCUUGGCCACUGGCACAUCUUUGCAGAUGGUUCCAUGUUCAUAUGAUUUAUACGGGGCUUUUUUUUUCUGGGAAGCGGACUUUUCAAAGUUUCUAGCAAAAAGGCCCAUAGGAAUACAUUGACUUUUUUAAAUGACUGCGGGCAUGUGCUUUACAACUGCUGCAAAAAGAUUCAUAAAAUCAGGUUCCUCAGGUGGGUAUCUCAAUUUGUGACUUACGACUUACGCUUACGAUUAGAAUUCGAGCCUCCAUUAUGGUCGUAAGUUGAGGACUAUACUUUCUUGUGCUGCUAAAAUUGUAAAUAAACUUCCCUCUCUUUUUA